AUGGAUCACCUUCCAAUACCAGUAGACCCAGAAUGCCCAUUGCCAAAGGUCCCAUGGCUCGGGAUGAUGUACGACGGCCAUGGAUUCCAUAGGUAUCCCGAAAGAAUGGGCUGGACACGAGUGAAUCAUAAUGGGUUGCAUUAUCUACUACGCGGUGAUGAACUGGAAGAGGAUGAAGAAUUCGAGAUGGCCUUUCAUCAGGCAUGGUUAUGGACGGCGCUUUUGGUCGAUAUUAUGCGAACAUAUGAUGUCGUUACCAACUUCAGCGACUUCACAACCCCUCGUUUCAGCACAGAGAUCAAUUAUCCAGAGGGGACUGUAAUUUAUCUCACUACACAACAUUUACCUGCUUAUCUCAAAGAGAUGGCGAGUCGGGACCAAUCAUUCCCGCUAGGCGAACGGAAAAAUCGGCUCGCAAAUGCAUUGGCAAUACUUGCUGAAGCCGUAGAUUUUGCAUCUUGCUGUGCAGGAGCUGGAGGCUUACAUUCUUCAUCGCUGUCGGACGAGAUUGCGCUAUCUAUGGCCCGAGACUUUUUCGACGAGACCGCGAACGGCAUCUCUCAAGACAUGAAGCAAGCGUUCCAGGGAUUCAGUCAACUGAAGAGCAAGCUUCUUCGCCUAAAACUCCAGAGUUCUGGUUGGUGCAGAAGCAGUGUUGCGCUUUUAGAGGAUCAUCUUGACGUUGAAAACGUGCUGUACGCAAGUAUGUUGCAGCGCAAGGGGCCUGUUAGGGACCACUCGCAAUGCUCCGAUCAUACGUGUGUAGCGUAUCAGAUUGAGGAAGGAGUAUACCAAACGAGACACGUCAACGGCGACUGUGGAUGUGAUUUCGUUAUGGUGGAUGUCACUAGCAUAGACCGGAUCCUCCAGAAUGAUGGCAUUCCAGCCGCCAUGAUUUCCGCUCAUGCAACGUUGGAGGUUGUCGAUGUCGCUAGAGGUUCCUUACCUUAUGUCUGUAUCUCACAUGUCUGGUCAGAUGGUCUCGGGAAUGAGAAGGUCAACGCAUUGCCCAGGUGUCAAUUACAGCGUUUACGAGAAAUGUGCAACAGGAUUCAAGUCGGAGGUCAUGCCGACAGGCCAUCCAGUGUCGAAGGGCAUUCCAAUCUACGGACCGGAUCAGCGGGCGACCAAAUGCUCAUCUGGAUAGACACUCUUUGCGUGCCUGUCAAUUCGAAUCGAAGAUUGGCUCUCGAGGCCAUAGGGAGGACAUUCAAGGAAGCGGAGGUUGUUCUGGUCAUCGAUCUGGAGUUGACAAGUGUCAGUUUGAGCACCAGGUGGCAGGAGCUUUGCCUGCGCGUAGGGCUAAGCGGAUGGUCUCGGCGACUUUGGACGUUCCAGGAAGCAGCUCUGGCAAAGGAUCGACUGUAUUUCCAGUUCAAGGAAGGACCCUUAGACCUUUGGAGGGAAACGAUCGAUUCAUUAACGCAAGGACUUCGCGAACCCUCAUUUCGCAACACGUCGGAUCAAGCAUGCAUGUUGUUCUUCCGGCGCCGUGCGAGGCCAUACUUCGAAGACGACUCGUUCCUGUUCACUUUCCUCUGGAUGGCACAGUCCCUACGGUUCCGAACUACUAGCAAACAAAAGGAUGAGCCAUUCUGUCUUGCCUCUAGCCUCAGCCUCGAUCCCUCGAGGAUUUUGCAAUUUAGUACAAUUGAAGAAAGAAUGCGAGAGUUUUGGCGGAUUCUUUCAGAGAUGCCUUCAACGUUGUUUUUCUUAUCUUGUGCCAGACUGCAGUUUCCGGGAUACCGAUGGGCACCUCGAACAUUCCUCGAGCCAUUAUCCAAUCCAGUAUGGCGAUGGCGGGGUGAAGGAACAACAAGAAUUGCCAGGUGGGACGAAAAUGCGCAUGGACUUCGCGUCUGCCUCCCAGGGUAUCUCCUAUCCUUUGCCACACCUCUCAUGCCAGAAGACAAAAAGCGAGGACUUGUGAUAUGGGUGAGGAAGUCGACGAGCUUGGAAGACUCAUUUAAUGCUACACUGCGCAGUGAGGAGGAUUAUGCGCACGUCUGUGGACUAAGUGAAGUCAUUCUUAUCAUCGAGAACGAUGUGGAUCUCCCACUGGGUUGUCUCGUGCAUCGGAUAGGCGAAGAACAAAAUGUUGUGAGUGUGGAGUACCUGUUCGCAGUCGACAUAUGCCCAGUGAAAGAAAUGAUUAACUGGGAGUCUAUUGAUGCUGAUAAAUGGAAAUGGCAAGCAGAGUGUACAAAGGAAUAUAGUGAAGACCAAACCUGGUGCAUAGGUUAA